GCCACACCCCUUCUCUACUGAUAAUUUUCAUACACUGUAGAUCGCGGAAGUUUACAAGAUCUUAGUAACACAGUUUCGUUUUCAGUAUUUGAAGAACCUGUGAUAUGUAUAUUGGUUACCAAAGGAUGGAAAUAUGAAUAAAUUAUGAUUUAUUUUCCGAUUUCCACACGACUGUUACAGUUUACAGUCUUUCCAGUCCUGAUUCACUUGCUCUGUGGUUAUUGACUUGGGUUACGAACAGACUCCACCAAGUGGUACGGAAGAGAACUGCACCUAACAGAAGCAAUGGGUUUUGUUUUGAUUUGUUAGAACUACCAGUAUAUCUCCUUAUAGUCGAAAUAAUAUUAUUAUCAUACAUAUAUUUAUAUGUGGUACAUUUAGGAUGUAGCCUAUGUCUGAAGAAAUGGAACAAAAUAAUUUCCACACAAGAUUCUGAUGUGACCAGUGCUGGGUGUGUAGGCUAAGCUGUGGAUUAAAGUAGGCCUAGAGUGAUUGCAAGAAACAACGACAUUUGCUGCGACGAAGACAGCGUUUUAAGGUAGGCCUACACCGUUUGGUUAUACAUUUUGUUGACUUAUGGUUGUGCUUUGAAGUAGCUAGGUUUGGCUUAUUUGCUGCAUGGUGGGUUUAUUGCACAAUGUAGACAGACUUUUUGUAAGCUAUAGGCUACUAUACUAUAUUUUGUAAGCCUACUCUUCUAAAAAUCCCCACACUCAAAACUUUGUGCCCAUGCUCAUCCUGUCUUCCUUAAACGAUAUUUCAAUUUCAAACUGUCAAAAUGACAGUGGAGUGCACAUUUGCAUGGAACAGUAGCGUGAUGUAGCCUAACCUAGUAGGCCUAUGAAUGCUUUGGACUGUGAUGAUGGCUCCAGUGGUGUAGUCUACUUUUUGAAGUGGGUAUACUGUAUAUUUGAGCAUUUUUUGAUGUGUGUGUAUAGGCUACUGUAUAUAUUUGUGCUAUUGUAAAUAAUGGAUCAAUCAAUUUUAAGUGGGUAUACUGUAAUCCCUGAAAUUUUGAAAUGGGUGUGUAUACCUGCGUUUUACGUAGACUACACCACUGGCUGUGCAUUUCAUCAAGGUGUAGGCUACAAUUCUCCACUUCAGGUUAAUAUUUUGACAACACUAAUGUCCACAUGUAGUACGACUGCAGAUUUCGUGGCUUUUGUCUUUUUGGUUAGGAAACCAUGUUGUUCGCUUUGUUUUUUUGUUUUUGUUUUUUUUUUUUAAAGAGGGCCGCCAAGGGGAAAAUUCUCCCGGUGGGAAAAGGUGGGCCACUCCGCCCCUGGUCAUGGCCAUGCUAUUUAGUGGCUAUUUUGUAUUUCUAAUCAUUUAUAUUUGUCAGGUUGCAGGUAUGUUGAUAUACUACAUCCUGUCAUGUGGGCAUCAUCCUUUUGGGAAAGGAAUUCGCUGUGAGGUAAACAUUCUGGACGGGAAGUACAAUCUUGAUUUGGUGGAGGACGAGCUGGCAAAGGAUCUCAUCGAGUGGAUGAUCCAGGCUGAACCCAGUCAGAGGCCAUCAGUAGUGGAAGCGCUCACUCACCCCUACUUCUGGACCAGUGACAGGAGGGUGGAAUAUUUGACAAAGGUUGGAAAUGGGACUGAAGCAGAGAACUUCAGGAAGGCUGAUGAAAGGCUCCUCAGGGAACUUGAGGAAGACACAAAGGAUAAAUCCUUCUCUGCCUGGAGAGACAAAUUCCCCCCUGAGAUUAGGCAGAAGCUGGAUGUGAAGCAAAGGAAGGCCUACCCCGAGAACACAUUGGCUCUGCUGCGCUUCAUUCGCAACCUUUACGAACACCAUGCUGAGGAUGCAGAGAAGAUUGACCUGAUGGGCCUUUUUCCUGACCUGUUUCCAAGCGUCUACAAGUUUGCCAAAGCGAAAGGCUGGAACUCCAGACCCAGCUUGAGGAAAUUCUUAAAUGUUUCAUAUUAAAUGUAUAGUAUGUGGCCACCGACUGGCUUCUGUCUAUCUAUAAAAGUCACUAAUUUCUACU